AUCGAGUCGUGCUAUUUCUGCUCGCAGCCCUGCUACCCGUCCAAGGGCAUUACCUUUGUCCGCAACGAUGCUCGUGUUUUCCGUUUCUGCAGAUCAAAAUGCCACAAGAACAUGAAGCGUAACCCUCGCAAGCUGGCCUGGACAAAAUCUUUCCGCGCCGCACACGGCAAGGAAAUGACCGUCGACAGCACCCUCUCCUUUGCCGCCCGCCGCAACGUCCCCGUCCGCUACAACCGCGACCUGGUCGCCACCACCCUCAAGGCCAUGCAGCGCGUCUCCGAGAUCCGCUCCAAGCGCGAGCGCCAGUUCUACAAGAACCGCAUGCGCGGCAACAAGGAGCGCGACCUCGAUGCCGACCGCAAGCUCGUCGCCGAGAACCAGCACUUGCUGCCCCCCGCCGAGCGCGAGGCCGCCCAGAAGCUGCUCGAGGACGAGAGCGAGAUGCUGGAUGUCGUCGACGAGCUGGACGAGGAAGAGGAGGAGGAGCUCGAAAAGCAGCAGUUGGCCCAGCAAAAGCUCAAGGCCAAGAAGAAGCAAAGACUGGUCAGAGGCUCUGGUCCCGAAGACAUGGAUGUCGACGCA